AUGGCAAAAUCGGACUACGAGAGCGACGAGCUGCUGGACAGCGAAGAGGACUACGAGCUCGAGAGCGAGGACGAGUACGAGGAGUACGGCCAGGACGAGGACGAGGACGAGGUGAUCCCGAAACGGCGCGGGCGGCCGCUGGUCGAGGAGGCCGUGGUGCAGGACGUGGGCAAAAGGCGCCGGGCCGCGCCGCGCACGUACAAGGAGCCGACCGAGGACGAGCUGCCGUAUUCCGAGGACCUGGACGAGUCGGCCGACGGGUCGAGCCCGUCCACGGACCUUGCGCGGAUGACAGAGCGGCAGCGGGCGCGAUACAUGGAGACGGCCGAGGAGGACAGCGAGCGCCAGGGCAGCGGCGAGCUGCUGGAGCUGACGAACGAGCGCAGCAAGAAAAAACAGUUCACCGAGGAGGAGCUGCAGCUGCGGCGGCUCGAGAACGCGCGAAAGCGCAAGAACUUCACGAUGAAGCGGCUCGAGAUGGAGAAGCAGGACACAUUGAACAAGUUAUUGCUCAAGCGGGCAGACAAGGUGCGCAAUCUCAAGAACCUCGAGGGCAAGGAGUACGGCGACGAGGAGCCGGCGCCGGCAGAGGCCCCGCGGCGGCCUGUGCUUGUGCACCCUGCGCUGUCGCGCUGGGACUGCAGAUUCCGCGAGGGCCAGGUGACCGCCGCCGGCAGAGAAUUGGUGGAGAAACUGACGUCCGAGUAUACCGUGCGCGACAACGUGUUCACGGUGAACAGGCUCGAGGUGCAAUUGCUGGCGUUCGACGCGGACAUUGUGGACAACUACACCGCGCAGAGCGAGCUGGUGAUUUCUCACGGCGGCACCGGGUCCGUGUUGGACACGUUGCGAUGCAACAAAAAGCUUGUCGUGCUGAUCAAUACAGAGCUCGCAGACAACCACCAGCUCGAGAUUGCCGAGGCGUUUGAGCGGGAGGGAAUGCUGGAGUACGUGCGUGGGGGGUUUGCUGAGUUUUUGGAGGUGGUGGAGCGGGUCAAUUGUCGGGAGUUCGACCGCCUGGCCAUUCCGAAGGGCAAGGUUGUGGAAAGAAUAAUCUGGAACUAA